CAAGCCCAGCAAGCGCGCGCGCACACAGAUAAAGAGUGAGAAACGUGUCCGAACGUGCCACAAAUCUCUCUCUACCAAAAGAUUCUGCUCCUCUAUCUCCCUCUAAAAAAGAAAAGAAAAGAGAGGAGAGCUUUAUAAACAAGAAAGAAAAGAAAUAGUAGUAGUAGCAUACUAUGAGAUAGACGAUGACGACGAUGGGUCACUGCCUGCCUGCUGCUAGCCUAGUUUCGUGUGUCUGAGGAUCUCCUGAUCUCCUCUCUCUCUCUCUUCUUCACCCAUCCAUGAUCUCAUCCCCUAUCUCUCUCUCUUUCUGUUGGUCGCAUGAUCUGAUCAGCUCCCAAGAAAUGCUACUACGGUCUCCCUGAGAUUGAAGAAUUGCAGAGAGAGGAGGAAGGAGGAGGAGAGAGGGCAAGAAGGGAUGGACGGCGACACGCUGUCGGCGGCGGCGGCGAUGGCGGCGGACGGGAAGGUGCUGCAGGCGUUCCAGACGAGCUUCGUGCAGGUGCAGAGGCUGCUGGACCAGAACCGGGCGCUGAUCAGCGAGAUCAACCAGAACCACGAGUCCAAGGUCCCCGGCGACCUCUCCCGCAACGUCGGCCUCAUCCGCGAGCUCAACGACAACAUCCGCCGCGUCGUCGACCUCUACGCCGACCUCUCCUCCCUCUUCGCCGCCUCCUCCGGCGGCGGCCCCGCCGCCUCCGAGGGCGGCUCCGUCGGCACCGUCCGCCACGCCGGCCACAAGCGGGUCAGGUCGGCCCACCUCGACUGACUCCCAAUCCCUCCUUCUCCAUUAACCACCACCACCACGGCUAGCUUAGCUACAGAGCUCGUUCUUGCUUAAUUUCUGCUCGAUCUUCUUCACACCCAUUUCUUGUAUGUAUGUGCUAUGUAUCUACCUAUCUAUGUAGCUACAAAUCCACCACAAUAUAUGAGCAAUCAAUGCCCUCAAAACUACAAAAUUAUCCUCUUCUUCUUGUAGCUGUGGUUGAUCUUGUUGUAGCUGAUACGAGCUAUUGUGGAUUUUGAUGCAUCAAUGCAAGGAUGUGGACCAUAUGGUGCAAUACAAGAGAGUGAGCAGUUCUCUGAAUUCCCCGUACAUUUGUUUUUUUAUUUCUUUUUCCCAGUCUGAAUUCUGAAAUGGCCCUUCACUUCAUCAGUUGUUAUGGUUGCUCUGAAAGAUCCAACUGAGUUGAAACCCUUUUGGUUUCCCAGUCAAAAUUGCUUCUUCUAA